CAACAAUCCCCCUCAAUCCCUCACACAAACUUGCACAUAUCACCCUCGUCGCUGGUUUUUAUAUCUCUUUACCUGCGGAACUGUAACGACGUCCUGCCUUCCUAUUAAUCCGCCACACGAUUACCCUACUCUGUACGUCUCUCUCCCAUAUCAGAAAUCCCUCACAAUGCUAUCGUCGUCAUCACUCUCUUCCCCCCUCCGAACGGAUGCCUUGCGCAGCACCAAGCUUCAUGCUGACCCGGACUUCUGUGACAGCCUCCCCAACCUUUGUUGUGCGUCCAAUAUAGAACAAAAUGUCUCAAUCAGGUGUCCAAGUUUCGCAAGAAUGCGUCAGCAAGUUCAACGAGCUCAAGCUCGGCAAGAGCAUCAAGUACAUCAUCUACAAGCUCUCCGAUGACAACAAGGAGAUCGUGGUUGAGGAUACCUCUGAAGACGCCGACUGGGAUGACUUCCGCGGGAAGCUUAUCAACGCCAAGUCCAAGACCAAGAGCGGUGCUCUGACCAAGGGCCCGCGAUACGCCGUAUACGACUUUGCCUACGACCUGUCGUCUGGCGAGGGCUCGAGAAGCAAGAUUACCUUCAUUGCAUGGUCUCCUGAUGAUGCUGGGAUCCAGCCCAAGAUGGUUUACGCCUCGUCCAAGGACGCCCUCAAGCGCUCUCUGAACGGCAUCGCGGCCGAGUUCCAAGCCAACGAUGAAGAUGAUAUUGAGUACGCCAGCGUGCUCAACAAAGUCUCCAAGGGUCUCGCAUAG